UAUGUCCAUGAGACAAAAUAGUUCUGUACCCAGGAAAAGCCCAACCUUUCAGUACUAAGGCCAGAGAGAGGUUCAGAAGGUUUCAGAGAUAGAACAUCCUCAGUAUGACCCUUUUGACAAGUACAGCAGUAUGUUUCAUAGAACUGGUUCAUACAAACAUCUGUUUAUAAAAUAGCUCAUUUUAUAAUCACAGGGUUAGAUGAGAUGUGAAAAACUAUCUGUUUACAUGGUCUUAAAAUCAGGGCUCCUUCAGUUAUUCAUGAAGAUUCAGAAGUUAUUGCUAUUAUUUCCCAAAGCAACUGUCCCUUGAUAAGGCAGCAUGGGCUUAAUCCUGAGCCCACACCUAAUAAAUGAGGUAUAUUUUGUACACAGGCUUUUCUAGUUGUGGCGGGGGUGUGGGUUAAUAGAAAGGAUCUUAAGUGAAGGGUCGAGAUCCAUUGAUCUACUCCCAUAGUCUGGGGUCUAUCCACUGCCUGCAGGAUUCAGUCAUAUGAUCUCAGCUGUCUUAGCUGCUGUUUGAAUUCCUCCUGUGGCAGGCGCUCACUGCCCCAAUCAACUGUUAACCAUCCUGAAGUAGACAGUCAUUCCUGAAGUUGAGUUGAAAUCUGGCUCUCCUAGCUUAAACUCUUGGAAUUUGCUUCUGUCCCCUCAGGUGCCACAGAGCAGAUCCAGUCUCUUUCUUGAGAUACCCCUUUCCCCAAGAUGCUACCUGGCAGACAUAAGCAUCUCUUUCUGAAUCAUCUUCUUUUUUCCUUUUUGUGUUUUUGGCUGGUUACUCCCAAGGUGUAAAGCAGGCCCUCUGGCUUACCAAGACCAAGUUAAUAGAAGGCCUUCCUGAGAAAGUGCUUAGCCUUGUUGAAGAUCCUAGGAACCACAUAGAGAACCAAGACGAGCGCGUUCUCAACAUGAUCUCUCACGCCCGUCUCUGGCACUGCACUGAGGACAUCCCUAAGAGAGAGACCUACUGCCCAGUCAUUGUGGACAGUCUGAUACAGCUGUGUAAAUCCCAGAUUAUCAAGCAUCCUUCCCUGGCCAGGCGGAUCUCUGCCCAAAACUACACUUUAUCCACCACCUGGAAUCGAGAGUCUAUUCUCCUUCAGGUUCGUGGUUCUAGCGGAGCCCGACUGAGUGCCAAGGAUCCUCUGCCCCCCAUCGCCUCCAGAGAGGAGGUUGAAGCUACUGAGAAUCAUGUUCUUGAGACCUUCUAUCCCAUAUCUCCCACUAUUGAUCUUCAGGAAUGCAAUGUUUAUGAUGUGAAGGAUGACACAGGAUUCCGGGAGGGUUAUCCUUACCCCUAUCCCCACACGCUGUAUUUCCUGGAGAAAGCCAAUUUAGCAUCCCACCGCUUUCGACCAGAUCAGCUUCGGGCCAAGAUGAUCCUGUUUGCUUUUGGCAAUGCUCUGGCUCAGGCCCGGCUCCUCUAUGGGAAUGACACCAGGGUCUUGGAGCAGCCAGUGGUUGUGCAAAGCGUGGGCACGGAUGGACGUGUCUUCCAGUUCCUGGUGUUUCAACUGAACACCACAGAUUUGGCCUCUGAUGAGGGUGUCAAGAAUUUGGUGUGGAUGGACUCAGACCAGCUCCUCUAUCAGCAUUUUUGGUGUCUCCCAGUGAUCAAAAAGAAGGUGCUUGUGGAACCUGUUGGGCCUGUUGAUUUCCAGCCAGAGACAUUCAGGAAGUUUUUAGCUUUGUAUUUGCACGGCGCUGUGAGAGCCGAGGACUGUCAUGAGGCCUGACCCCCUCACCCCUCUGCCACCGAAGAGCCUGCAUCCUGGGCAGUGCCUGGGGCCUGCUUGGAGCCUCAGCCCUCGCUUGGCCUGGUCAUCUCACUGACAAUAAAGAGUGCUUGCCUUGCGCUGGA